AUGCCGCUGAAGCUGGGAACUCUACUACUCGCGACCCUCGCUGUCGCUAAGCAACCCAAUAUCCUUUUCGUCCUAACCGAUGACCAGGGCAAGUAUGUCGGUGGACUGGAACACAUGCCCAAGCUACAGUCAGCCCUAGUCGAACAAGGCACCAGCUACUCCAAACACUUUUGCUCAAUCGCUCUCUGCUGUCCCUCCCGCGCCAACCUCUGGACAGGCCGCAUGCCACACAACACCAACGUAACAGAUGUGGAACUUCCCUACGGCGGCUACCAAAAAGUAGUCUCAGCAGGUUGGAACGACAACUACCUACCCCUCUGGAUGCAGGAAGCAGGCUACAACACCUACUACGUGGGCAAACUCUGGAACGCACACACAGAAGCCAACUACAACAAACCCUACGCACGCGGCUUCAACGGCUCAGACUUUCUCCUAGAUCCAUACACAUACAGAUACUGGUCCGCGCGCAUGGCCCGAAACGGCAACGUCCCAGUCAAAUACGACGGCAAUUACUCGACCGAUGUAAUCGCCGAAAAAGCAGCCGGAUUCAUCGACGAAGCUGUCAAGCAGGAUAGACCGUGGAUGUUGACCGUUGCACCGAAUGCGCCGCACUCGAAUGGAUCGCAUGAUUCGACUCGGGAUGCGAGUUGGUUCGGUGAGCCUGAGUUUGCGCCUCGACACGCGUAUCUCUUUAAGGAUAUCAAGGCGCCGCGAGACGAGAGUUUCAAUACGCUUAUUGAGAAUGCUGUUAGCUGGGUUGAUAAUGUGCCUGAGCUGAAUCAGACACAUAUUGAUUAUAUUGAUGAGUUCCAGCGGUGUCGGUUGCGCGCGUUGCAGGCUGUUGAUGAUAUGAUUGGGGACUUGAUUGGGAAGUUGGAUAACCUGGGGGAGUUGGAUAAUACUUAUAUCUUCUUUUCGACGGAUAAUGGGUAUCAUCUUGGGCAGCAUCGAAUGCAGCCGGGGAAAAACUGUGGUUAUGAAACUGACAUUAACGUCCCUCUGAUCGUACGUGGACCUGGUAUCGGCAAAAACCAGACAUUGGAUGCUAUUACAAGUCACACAGACCUUGCGCCUACAUUCUUGUCUCUGGCUGGUGCGACGAGAGAGGGCCUGGAUGGGAAGAAGAUUCCCACGACUGUUGCGGCCAGCACGGCGGAUAACAGGACUGAACAUGUUGCCAUUGAGUACUGGGGAAUCGCUGUCCCUGAAGGAAUCUAUGGAUAUGCCAGUGACAAACCCCAGCAACCUCAUAACACCUACGAGAACAACACCUACAAAGCCAUCAGACUCCACUCCGAUAACUAUAGUAUAUACUACUCUGUAUGGUGUUCCAACGAGAAAGAAUUCUUCGACCUAAAGGGCGACCCCCACCAAACCAAAAAUCUAGGAACACACCCUGCAAAACAAAGCUACACAAUCGCAAACCGCAAACUCCCCCAAAUCCUCAACCGCCUCGAUACCCUCAUGCUAGUCCUGAAAUCGUGCGAAGGUGACGCCUGCCGCUACCCUUGGCGCCAGCUACAUCCAGCAGGCAAGGUCAACAGUCUGGCAGAUGCACUAGAUUCCGGCUUUGACACGUUCUACGAGAAUCAGCCCAAGGUUUCGUUCUCGUCUUGUGAGAAGGGCUAUAUUAUUUCUGCCGAGGGCCCGCAGAAGCAUCAUGUUUACGGGGCUACGAAUGCUGGGAAGAGGAGUUGGGGUUGGCGGUGGGAGGAUGUUUUUGGGGGAUGGUAG